ACUCGGGGAAGAGCGCGCUCCAGCAGACGAGAGGGGGGGGGGGGGUUCUGCCGCGGGGUUCUGCCGCGGGGUUCGCGUCGGGGGUAUCGGCGGCGGCGAGGGGGGACCCCCAGGGGACCCCAGCGACACGUGCGAAAUGUGGGCUCGAACUCUCACUCUGGUCACGGCGGUGGCCGCGGCGGUGGUGGCGGUGACAGGCGAAACGCAGGUGGAGUGUGCGGGCGGGGCACGAGACUCGCUGCACAACUACUCGGCGUGGACUCUGAACGAGUCUCGCCUGGUCCCGCUCAGCGAGUUCAGAGGUCAAGUGCUGCUCGUGGUCAACGUGGCGACCUUCUGAGGGCUCACGACCCAAUACUGGGACCUGAAUGCACUACAUUCCCAUCUCCCGGAGUUCCAGGUGCUCGCUUUCCCGUCUAACCAGUUCGGGAAGCAGGAGCCUGGCUCCAAGGAGGAGAUUCUUCCCGGACUCAAGCACGUGAGACCUGGGAAGGGUUUUGAACCAAACUUUCCGAUCUUCAAGAAGGGAGACGUGAACGGGGCGGAGGAGCAGCCACUCUACACCUACCUCAAGACGUCGUGCCCUCCCGUGGGCGACUCGUUCGGCAACCCGCACGGGCGCCUCUUCUACGAGCCGCUGCGAGUCUCCGACGUGAAGUGGAACUUCGAGAAGUUCCUCGUGAGCGCCGCGGGACGCCCCGUGCGACGCUACGCGCCCCUCGCACCCAUGUCGGCCGUGCGCAGGGACAUCAUCGCUUACCUCUCCUCCUCGUCGUCAUCGUCCCGGUCCUCCAUGCAGCAACAUCAUUAUCAGCAGCAAGAGCAGGAGCAGGACACCCAUCACCACCACCACAGCCACCACAGCCACCACAGCCACCAGGUCCCCCAUCACCGCUAGGCACUCCGAGUGCCCACCACGUGAAGCAGUCAUCUUCCUUCUGCUCCUCCCUCAACAUUCACUCCCCCACCCCCCUCAGCUCACCCCCACCAGCUCACCCCCACGACCCCCUUAAUCUCCCCACCCCCCCCCCCCCCCCUCAUGACGACGACCACCACUACCGCCGUUCCUGUUCCCGCUUCAAAUUCUCAUUACAUGGCUCUCGCUCGAUCCCCAUUCACCCAAUCCAUUCGUCACCAAUUUCGCUUUUGUACCGAGUGCACGCACCACAGGUUCGCCCAUUACAACGUCUUCUCGUCUAUUGUAUUCGCCCCAUCCCCACCCACCGUUACAUUCACACAUUCUGCCGUUCUUAAUUGGGCAAGGCGCUAGGAAAAUUACGAUGAGAUUUUGACCCCCCACCACUGUCUGGCAUUGACGACAUGGCUCUACCAUCCAAUGGGAAGCCAGUCCCAUUGAUUCACACCUAGAGCCAGACCCAUUCAUUAAUUCACUCCGGGUCCCAUUCAUUCACACCCAGAGCCAGACCCAUUCAUUAAUUCACACCCAGUCCCAUUAUUGAGACCUAGGCUCAUGCAUUCAAUCACCAGACCCCAUCCUCUUCAUUCAUUCCCACCCAGUCCCAUUCAUUCUAAAGGCGUCGCAUCGUUCCGGCCUCACAUGGACCAGGUUCUCAUCCAAACCAGCACCAGAGCCCCCCCCCCCCAUUCACCAGCCCCGUCGGCCUCCCCAAUUGGUCGCCUGCCGCCUCGCCAAUCCACUCACAGCCAAUCAUCUCUGCUUCCACCACCCCCUCCUCCUUCACUCUCCCCCAUAUACACCCCCACCCCCCCAAGCCUGGACUUCUGACCCACGACCGCCCCCCCCCCCAGCUUCAAGAACACGAAUCCAUGCUAAACUGGACUCCCAUGGUAAACUGAACUCCCGUGGUAAACUGAACUCCCAUGGUAAACUUAACUCCCAUAAUAAGCUGGAUUUCCAUGGUAAAGUUGACUCCCAUGGUAAACUGAACUCCAUAAUAAACUGAACUCCCAUGGUAAACUGGACUCCCAUAGUAAACUGGACUCCCAUGGUAAACUGAACUCCCAUAAUAAACUGGAUUUCCAUGGUAAACUGAACUCCCAUAAUAAACUGGACUCCCAUGGUAAACUGGAUUUCCAUAGUAAACUGAACUCCCAUAAUAAACUGGACUCCCAUGGUAAACUGAACUCCCAUAAUAAACUGGACUCCCAUGGUAAACUGUAUUCCCAUGGUAAACUGAACUCCCAUGGUAAACUGGACUGCCCCUUAACGAUCCCUGCUGCAUGCGGCUCCAUAGCCGCAUGUUGCUGACCCCCCCCCCCCCCCCCCCAGCUGGAUCGUGUUCGUGCGGCGAGACAAUCACCCCCCUCACCCUGACAAUUCCCCCUCUCCGGGGGGGGGGGGGGUGGGGGGGUGUAAGGGAGGGGCUCCCCCACUUUGCCGCCCCCUUCAUGACGGCCCCCCCCCAACCACCGCGCCGUCGCGGUGUGGGGGGGGCACCGAGUUAGGGACCCCCCCCCUCACCCUGAUAAAGGGCCGGGGGGGGGUGCAGCCGGGGGUCCCUUUAGUGCAUUCAGGACCCCCCGGUUGUAGGCAUCCCUCGGGGCGGCUGUGUGGGACCCCCCCUUGAACCCCUCUGAAACCCCCACCCCCUGGACAGGGAUCAAGGGUCAAGAGUCAACGGUCAAGGGUCAGGGGUCGAGGCAUUAAAUGCAAUGUAAGCACAA